UAAUCGAUUGUAUUCCCAGAUCUGUGCCAUAGAACGGACGUGGAACUCGUGCUUUCGUAUUUUUCAACGUUUUAGUGAUUCUUUUCAUUGUAGAGAAAAAUGUCUUUGGACGAAAAAUUUAAUAAAGCUACAGAGGACGUGAAAAACUUGAGUGUCCGACCUACAGAUUUCGACCUGCUUGAAUUGUACGGAUUGUAUAAACAGGCACUUGUUGGAGAUUGUAAUACGUUAAAACCAGGAAUGCUAGACUUUAAAGGCAAAGCCAAAUGGAAUUCUUGGAAUCGCUGGAAGGGCACGAGUCAAGAUGAUGCGAAAGAACAGUACAUUUCGAAGGUGGAAAAACUGAUUUCCAUGGAUGCGAAAAAUUAAUUUUAUCAAGUUCUAUGGUUUCUAUUAUAUUGUUAUUGAUGUGCAAUGUAUUUUCUUAUUUUUGAUACCAGGGUGCAGUAGUUGCAAAAAUGUUU